AGCUCCUCCUUUCUGAUGGAGGUCUGGGUGGUGACGUCACUGGUGAAGCUGUAACUUGUGCUGGACAGAACACUGACAUCUCUGUGACCUGAUGGUGACAUCACUGCAGAGCAGGCACGAUAUAAGGUGACAGGCCGCAGAGAGGAGCAGGCAUCUUUUUUUCACUUGCUGAGAUGAUAAAACUUUUCCUGAUUGUUAACAAGCAAGGACAGACUAGACUGUCUCGAUAUUAUGAUUGCACGGAAGUUCAGAAGAGAACAGUGUUAGAAUCUGAAGUCAUCAAACUAUGUCUCUCUCGUCCCAAAGAUCAGUGUUCCUUCAUAGAGUAUAAAGACUUUAAGCUGGUGUUUCGGCAAUAUGCAGCACUGUUCAUUGUGGUUGGAAUAGAUGAGUCUGAGAAUGAGAUGGCCAUCUUUGAGCUUAUUCAUAAUUUUGUGGAAGUCUUGGACAAAUACUUCAGCCGAGUGAGUGAACUGGAUAUAAUGUUCAAUCUUGACAAGGUACACAUUAUUUUGGAUGAGAUGGUGUUAAAUGGAUGCGUUGUAGAAACAAACAAGAAUCGGAUUCUUGCACCACUCCUAGUUCUAGAUAAAGUUGGAGAGAGCUGAAAGUUGCUUGGACACCCCACACUGACCUCUCCAGCUGCAUAUACUAUAUAUAUACACCUACGGUACUUUUUAUACAACAGAUGAGAAGUUAAAAGCCAUCAGAACUGAAGACUCCACAAGUCAUACAGAUGCUCCAAUUUUUCCAGCCGACGCAGUUUUAUUAAAGUUAAUUUAUCUAAGCAUUAAUAGACUUGGUUUUGGAAUUGAUAUGCCUUUUC